AUGGGUUCAACCCUUGCUAUGGUGAAGUCACAGGCAGAACAACAGGCACUUACCCCCAAAAUAUCACAAACAGUGUUUAUUGGCUUGUACAGGGAUCCCAGAGACACCUCUAGAUGGCUCUGGGUUGAUGGAACACAGGCUAACUACACUCACUGGUACAAAGGCGAGCCUAAUGGAAGAUCGUCCGAGGAAAAUUGUGGAGAAAUGUACCCCACCAGUCAUGCAGGGAGAUGGAAUGACAUAGGAUGUUCCGGUCCUCGCGGUUACAUUUGCGAAAUUCAAGGUACUCUCUGUAUAUGCCUGUAAUAAUGAUUCUUCUCUAUAUUCAGUCUGCUGUGCUGAAAAACAUGUCAAACUAGCUUUAUCUUGUAUGCUUAGAUUAAGUCAGGGUAGAUUGUCCACCGUGGGGAGAUAGAGAAGCAGACGCUCUCACCCAACCCUAACCCCCUCGCUAAAAAGUUGAAUAACUUCAAAACCGUGUACGUCAACAUUGACAUCACAUCGCAACCGAGAUUUGACAGUAACGAUUUUCAAAAGUUGCUUUUUUCCUGCAAAAGGGUUUAUUGCUAUUUUGACUUAUUCAAUUAUAGCAUUACAAUUAAUUUAGCAAUAUUUUGUUUAAUUUAUUGGAACUGUUAGUAUAAAAUAGCAAAAGGAAUCAACAAAAAUGUCACCAAUGUCCUAGGGGCAUAAGAGUCCGCCUACUUCCGGUGAGGGUAAAAGGCGGAAUGAGUUUUCCGUUUCACCACUUAAUGUUAAUGAAAGAAACAAAGUCUUGCAAACAGAAAUGUUAUUUUCUGACAUUUUUCUGUUCCGCUGUUGACCCAGUGGCACAUGAACUGAUAUUACUAUGUGCAAAAGGCACCAGGGCAGUACCCGAUACACAGAAAGUGUUAGUUUUAAUAAUUCAUCUUCUAAUAUUAACAAGAUUUCUUUGUUCGGAAAAGAAAAUACUGUUUUCAUGGACCCAAUAGUAAGAUCGUCAAGUUAAACAUUACCACCCAAAUAAAAAAGCUGUGACUCUUAGCAUGGGAUCUGGCAAAAAGAAUUUCUGAGGGUUCAAAGAAAUCAGCAGUCUUUCUUUUAAGUACAUGGAAUUUUUACUUACGAGAAAUCAUUUUUGUAACUGAUGUUGGAGUUCUAACUAUUGAGACUUUUUUAAAUAGAAAGAAAAGCUCGUGUUUAAACCGGCAUUUCUGUAACAGUUUCAUCAGUUUCAUUUCUUAAAACCCUUGGAUGUCUUUAUAAGGAUUUUGAAAUACCCGAAAGAGGCACGUCUGCGAAAAAGGUAACAUUGAGGGACGCGAAAGAGUAUGUCGACAAAAUCUGUAAAAUCUGUACAAAACUUCUGACAACGCAGGUGGAAAGCAUACACGCGGUUUCUCACUUCAACGCAAAACAUUUAGCGCUUUGAACUACGCCCAAGACUUUAAAGGAAUCGCGUAAGAGAACUACGUGUUCGAAGCGGGCUAUACUCACGAAACGUCGAAUUGUCCCGUGUCAAAUACUUUCAUGCUUUUGUCAGCACUCUCAACUAUGUCUCUUCCAUCGGUGCAAACAGUGAUUAAAUUCACCAAUUGAAUUCCAAAAAUUAAAUGGUCCAGUUUUGUUAUUUAAAGGGGCACCUUCAACCAGUGUGCAUUGCGGUCGUUCACUUCACCGAAAUCCGUUUGCUGUAAUACAGACAUCACGAACGUGAUUUCUGUGUUUGAUAACAGAAUUGUAUCUAUGUUUCUUUUAAGAAGGGUAUCACAGCCUGCUAUUGCCUUAGGUUGUGAAGAUACAAUCCGAUUUUCAAACACAAUUAGAACGUUUGUAAUUUGUAGUUUGUCAGGAGCCCAUCAAAUGGAGCCUCCAUCUCCAUUAAUUUCUUGAGUCAACCCUUUCCCGAGUAGAUUUAUAAAUAGAACGGCUAGUUUCCCGCGAAAAGUGUCAUAUUUCCGUGAGUCUCGUGUGUCACCGUGAAAAAAUAAAAUUGGAUGCAGUCGAACUCAGAGGCCCGUCCUUCGACCGUUUUCCCUUUUUCCUUUUCGUCCAUUUUUACAAUCUUUUAGCCGCUGGGAUCUGGGUAUCAUGAAAUAAAAGUUAAUGAAUUACCCGACUGAGACUGAGCAUGAAGCGAUGGGACAAAGGCAGCGAACUGAGGAUCACGGAAAGGUUAUCUUUGCGGGUGUUUUUUUUUUGCCGUUAUACAUCCCACAUUUAAGCAUGCACCUUGAAAAGAGUCGACGAUUAAGCGUUCUGAGGACGAUUUGGAACUUUUCGAUGAUCAGCGCCGAAUUAAAAAGUGCCAGGAUCAUUUGAUUUUUGUCAUUACCGUGGAGUGGAUUUCGCCAGUUAAGCACCGCGUGCAAAAGCGAUGACCUAAGUAGCAACUAACGACGAAUGCUUCAGUUCCGAAAUUUGAGAAAUUGCAGUCUACCUUUACAACUGACUUGUAUCACCAUGAGAGUUGCCUGAUAAAACUGGCACUUGAAAAGCUGAACAGAAGACAACAGUUGCUCGACCGUGAAGCUAACUCAAAAGUAAUUUGCUGAAGGAGGAAUUUGUGACAUUGCGCUCCAUUCCAAGGACCCACUUAUCUCAAGAAACACAAAGUGGAUUGUAUCUGCGCCAAAAGAAUUAUGACUGACUAACAGGAUAAUUCUCAGCAGUUAAUGUAGAAGUUUAGGCUCAAUUCCUUCCUUCCAAUUCGCAUCGGUAGAUCACUUUUUUGCAAGAAGACAAUGGCUGGACCCAGCAAAACAUAGCAGGGAAUCAUCACACUACCUGACGGACAAAACAACCACAAGGACUACAAGUAUUUAUUCAGAUAAACGCAUUUCGGAAAAAAAACCCUUGAAAAACUAGAAAUUUGAUUAAUAUUGAGUCAUUUAGCCGAAAUAAGAACCUUAACGCUCGAAAAAAUUGGCUAAAGAAAACGAAUCCUGUCAGAACUACAGACUGCAGGUAGUAGUUAAUCAUUAUGCAAUCCAUGUAACAGACCAGCUUCAUGGCCUCUUAAUGUGAGACAAGCAACCAAAAUUAAGAUUAACAUAGUCAGAAUUUAAAACUCUCCACAGUAUAAUCUACCCCGCUAGAAAGAAAAAAAGGGAAAAUCUCUGAGGGAUGAAAACGCUUAAGUCACGUUUCACUAGCUUAUGAUUGUGUUUGGCCUGUCAACAACGAAUUUCCUGCUGUUUGAUGAAGUACAAUAGCAGUGUGAUUUCGUCGUUGUGAUUGGCUCUUCCUACCGUCGGCGCGCGAAGUCUCCCCUGGGAACCGUUCUAAUUAUAAAUCUACUCGGGAAAGGGUUGACUCCAAGGGCUUGUAUGGGAGAUGGAGGCUCCAUUUGAUGGGCUCCUGAGUUUGUAAAUGAUUUCGGUGAAGUGCACGACCGCAAUAGACACUGUUUGAAAGCGCCCCUUAAGACUAUAUUUUGGCAUUGAUAAUAUCUCUCGUCGUCUGUUGCAAUGGAUUGCAAGGAUUAAAAAUGCCAUUGAAACUUAGACCAACAAAAAGAUACAGGACAUACAGCAACCAGAUAAUAUCUGGACAUAAGUCACAUAAGUACAAGACUGAUUCCGGUCAGAUAAUGAAAGUUUCGAAGAAGGUGACUUUGUGAGGUAGUUUAUGGCCGGACAUGCAUGACCAUGUCCGGAAGAUCGGUACGAGAUCAUGACUGGUGCGUCUGGAUCUAUGAGGCUGGUGUCAUAUUUAGUAUAUACACACUCAGUGAUCUUGGUGAUUUAAGCAAUCUGAUUGGUUCGCUAUCUCGGACUAUUCAACAAUAUUCACCUCCCAGCCAGUGGAUAAUGUGUGAACUCGGUUUUUUUCCCAUUUUCUUAGAGAAAGAUCUUUUAAAAGUCGACAAAAUCCUAGGGUUGACUUUUUUUCUGGCAAGAAAAGACUUCGAAGGAUUCAAAACGGCGUUUUUCCAUUUACUGUUGUUGAGUUUUGUGGUUGAUGGAUUGUUUACAACUCCCGUUUAUUCGCCUAGAAGAGGCCGUUUGGUGAACUCACCGUUUCCUAACAUGAAAUAUCUGGCCCAGAAACGAAGUUUAUUUAUGACAAACAAAUUUGAAAGCAAAUGUUUGCAGAAAUUCUACGUUUCAAGUAAACACGAGAAAGAAUGCUACAUGAAGACGACGUCUUACCUCGAGGAACCGAAUCGCCAUUUUUGUCAGCACUUCAUGCGAAGAACGACACAACAAACCUUUUCGGCUAUAAACUUGGCGAGUCAACAGAAAACAACAAAGCUCUUCUUUUCUUCUCAGGUAAGGAAACAAUUCAAACUUUUAGCGGUUCCAUUUAAGUCAUUACGCUGUUGUUUGCGAAGUGAUAAGCUUGUGAAUUGCCAUGUUUGAAAAUUCUACAAAGAUCUAUUUUUAAACUGCCGCGUGUCUAACUGACCUGAUCUGUCAAUCAAAUCGUACUUUUUAACGGUUACCUCUCUGAUUUUGUUGAGAUCACGUUGUGUGUAUAUACUAAAACAAUUAUUCUUUUCAAUCUCGGUGAAUAUUUUGCCACUAUUCCCCUCGAUUUCAAAGGAUAAUUGUUGACUUAUAUUUUCAGUUACUAAUAAAUUGUACUGAGGCCUUUAUGCGCCUACUGGCGCGAUGAGACUUGAUGAUGAUGAUGAUGAUGAUGAUGAUGAAUAAAUUGUACCCGUGGCGGGGUUCAUGUAAAUUUAUACCUUGGUUUUAAUAAGGCCUAUACCAAAAGUAAUUGACUUGCUGAAAGAAGGAAAAUUCGCGUUAUGACGGAAUAAUAUCAGGCUGUAGGAAAGCGAAAGUCAAAAUCAGUAGUUAACUGAGAAUCGGCCAAAAAAAAUAGUAGUUAACUGAGAACUGGGUCCAUUAGCACCCUCUUAAAACACUUGCAUAGUGUUUUGAUACAGUCUUGAAAAUAUUGAUAUCAUUCUUCAAAGGAAGGAAACUUUAGUUAGUAAAGGUUUCAUUGCAUUUUUUGUCAAAUACUAGUAAACGGUUUCAUACCCUGUUUGAGUAGUUUGAUAGAGCUGUACGUUUUCGCGUCUAUGGCUUUUUAUCACCGGUUAGUGCUAUUACUGGCGGGGGUUUUACUUUUUUCGCUAGCAGGAAAAUCUCAAGGUAAAACUUUUUUCUUUUAAAGUCGAACUAUCAUGAGCCACAUUUCCCACUUGAAAAUGCUUCAAAUUACAAAAGUCUUACACGUUUUUUGUCAGAAAGUCAACGAAAAAACAAAACUUGACGCCAAAAUUAUGUUAAUAUUAUACUCACGCAUAAGGUCUAAAAAAGUAAAAAUCAGCUCAUUUUACUCCAUAAAAAUGAUAACUUUUCAUGAUUUUUAAACGGUGAUCAUGGUGUUUUCAGCAUUUAGCAUAUCAUCAUAAUAAGCCUGUUAAAAGUUCUCUGCCGUUUCGCCAAUAAUAGCAUAAAAGAAAUUGUUGAUGGGAAAAUAAAAACGUACUUCCAGAAAAUAUUCAAACAGUUCAUUCACAGUUUGAUGACUGUUUCCGAGGAGGAAAGUCAAGCAAUUACCUUGUAAUUAGAAUGACGCGUUUUUUCCCACGAUAUUUAUGUACGUCUUUAGGAUUCAUUAAUUUUAUUUGGAUACCCGAUGAGCAUAAAUUGCAUGGAAUAGUAUGCAAAGCAGCAGGUUUUAGCAAUGGUAAAUUAGAGGAAAUUACCAGAAUUUGGUCUUUCUUUAUCAAAAAUUUGACAAAAACCAACAAACGGACUGACAGGCAUUUUGAGCGUUUGGUAUAGUCCUUUUAAGGUGGCUCCCUAGAGUAAAUUGGCAGUGCGCAGCCUGAGCACUAGUAUGGCGCGAGCUUUAAAAUCAGCGCGACGUCCACGGUCGGCAUUAGAUUCUAUCCACCAAAACCACAUCGAUCGAGAGGGACUGAGAUUAAAUUUUGAAUAACUUAAAAGUCGUAACCGAAGAUUCUCGGAAAAUGUACGGAUGAUAUGCACGAACAAGCGAACAUCCGAAUACUAGAUCGGACGUUCUAACCACUGAACCAUUAGGGCUCUAGCGUUAGUGAAGUCGGAAUUCUACUAUACCAGCAGAGUGUACUACACUUCUGUACUGGGAGCUGAAAGAAAGAGAAAGGCUCGAGAAAGGCUCCGUUCAUUUCACGUGGGGGUGCAGAAAAUAUAUCAGGGGAUACAGUUUCAUACAUAAUGACUGAGAUUUUAGUAAGAUGUUGGAAACGAGCAACGAGCGGCGAGAACGAAUCGCGAAGCUCGCUGGUAAGUGCUCGUUCUUUCUCACGCGGAGAAAAAUCAGGAACAACCUCUGGAACCAGGAUAUAUAGCUAGGUGUAAAUACCGCGUGAGCUUUAUACUCCCCCACCCCUGCAAGAAGAAGUUUCUUUCCGGCAUGGAUUUUAGCAUUCCAGUCUACAUAUCUUGACCUCCAAAAUUCUAAAUUUCUGAGACUUAUGAAUGUACAUAAUACAGCUUUACUGCGCUUUUCACAAACAUGCGAACUCUAAAGUUCAAAAGCCGCCUUCGCAAUUGCGUUUUUCGCUGCCUUCAAUCAUAAUUACGACCACAAGCAACGAACCUUGAAACACAGAAAAACACAAAACGGAUCGAAAUCCACCAAUCACAAAUCACAAAACUUGACCUUUUGAACCCAUUAAAGUAAAGUCUUGUUUCCUAAGAGGUCCAUUAAGAUGAUUGACGGCAGCGAAAAACGCAAUCGUCAGUUGGCUUUUGAACUUCAGAAACAUAUCCAAAAUUCGCAGCAAUUUUCCCAUCGAACGCGGGUUCGUAACUUAAAAUUCCCGCCAUGAUGUUCCUGUUUGUUUCCCGGGACUGAUGAUGGGAUUUGAAAGGUCGCGAGUUCGACUCUCGCCCAGGGCACGAGAAUUUUCGUUGCCCCGGGCAAGCAUGGUUUCUCCUUCUCCCAAGUGAAAAUGUUCACUGGAAGUGUAAGUGUGCUGCUCACAAGUGCACAUUAAAAAAAUAAUAAAUAAUAAUAAGAAAAUAAAAUAGUUUGUAUGUGUAAAUAAUAACAACUUAUAUAAAAACCAUGAUUAAAAUUUUGUUUGUGUCAAUAAUUAUUAUGCUUUAUGAGUAUGGUCUUAAAAAAGUCCGUCAGUACUUUGCAGAAGCGUAACUAUGCGCUUAAAAAAAUUAAACCCUGAGUGGUUUUGGUGGAUGUAGACUUCAACAUCCACCAAAACCACCGACAUUGUUCGGUGCUAGAUGUGUAUCGCGUAGACCCAUGAAAUCUGAAACAUAUUUUAAAACUUCACGUACAAUAUUUGCCAAAAUACAGUUAGACUCGUUAUAUUCACCCUUUGUUGGCGAGAACUCGAUCUCCCAAAUAUUAUUAAGCCCAAAGCAAAAGAAAGGCGAAUCCCCGGGAGGCGAAUACGUCAAAACAUCGUAGGCAUCUUUCGUUGGUAUAACAUGUCACAAGGUGUCCAAAAGUCAAUCUCAGUCCCUCUCGAUCGAUGUGGUUUUGGUGGGUAGAAUCUAAUGCCGACCGACGUCCACGCACAAAUUAAAACAAACAUGGCCUCUCGGUUUCGAAAUAUUCCCCCCAAAAAACUUUAUUAACUUUCUAUUGAAGCUCAUUGUGCAAAAAGUUUGAUUAGUGUAGGUCAAACCUUUAUCAGAGGAGACAAUGUUACACCGGUUACAAGUCAUUAUCGAUCUCCAUAAAACUAAAUUGUAUGUAAAAACAAAGCAGAAAAUUUCCAGACAUCAAUUCUUUCGCUUCAAAAGUGGACAAACGUUAAAUAGUCGAAGUAAGUGGACAAUGUUUUGAACAAAGAGAAAUAAUUUCUACUCACAGAUUGACCCUUGAUGAAAGCAAUAGUUUUCCGUCGAAACCUACGGUCUUGUACGUGUAGCUGAGGACAUGAUGCACGAUUUAUAGAUCGGCGCCACCUUUUACAGCAGACUUUUAAAGAAAAACUUCGCCGUCGAAAUUAUUCCUAAGGAAGAACAAGGUUGAAAAAGUAUCCGGAAGUAGGCCGACAUUUGAAGAUCUGCAAACAGUGUAAAGCAGAUUAUUAAAUGAAGGGCUUAUUGCGAUCCUUGUACAACCACUGUCUUCAUCUCCGACGAUCGCCGUCCUCACGAGUGACCACCACGGUUCCAAUUUUAGCUACAAUAGUCAAGUACUUCGAAGAAAACAUCCUGUGUUAGGUAUAAAAUUGAAUCCGCUAUCUCUCCUUUUUCAACUGGCGAGAUAUCACCGUAAUAAUACUGAUAAACGGCUUCAAAACAAUGACUUUCGUACCUCACCGUACUCUUCAAAGAAACCACAUGUUUUCAGUAGUUUUGUGCAUUAUGCGCAUGCGGGCGUGAUGGCUCGCGCGUGUACUUUGCUCAUACGACCCCGAACCACCCGUGUUUUUCGGAUUUUCGUGACGUCAACGUAGUUAAUUAACCGUGAAUUUCUCGCGUUUCCUUCGGUAAUUUUUUUUAAAAAUCGCCUCAUUUCUUAACAGUUGCAGUACCUUUGUACCUCCUUUUUUUGUUAAAAUCUGUAAGAGCUAAAUUCCUCCAUUAAGAAAAAUUACAAAUUUCAAAAUAAUGGCAAAACCCUCUUAACGACCCCAUGUUUUUUCCACUUUAAAAUGUUAAGCAAUACCGUUAAUAUAAAGUGGCAAAGUUUAAAGACAUUUCACCCAGGGAAAUAAGAAAUAUUUAGAAAAAAUGAUCAAAAAUGACAAAAUUACUGCCUGUUUAAGGAUGCGAUGUUGCCAUGGCAACGGCCCUUAUCCAGAAAGUGAAACUUGAUAAAGGAGCCUUCUUAUAUGGGUAAUCUUAGAGGUGAAUCUCGUGAACAAAAUCGCAAAGACAAAGUAACUAGAGUUCGUUCUGUAACGUGUGCUAGAUAGCUAGGGGUAUUAGUAAAUAUUCUAGGGAGCCACGUUAAGGUGGACUGCUCUUUAGAGGUGUUCGUUUCUUUUUCUCUUCUCCCUUGUGUAGCGCUCCACGCGCGGAUCUCGUGUUUCACGCUCUAAACAAUCCUAGUUAAGCCAGCUACAUGAGUGUUUUUGGAAAGGAUGUCGCUGCUGCAGAGUUUCGCGCACAAAAUACUUUCAGGUGCUUGGGGAAUAAUGUUUGUUAGAUUAAUCGGUUUUACAUACUUUAUCAUUUGAAUAUAAAAAUAAAAGGCUUGCAUUAACUUUUAAAAUGAAGCAUCGCGCAGAAUGCUUAUUGUUCUCGAGACAUUUACUUCCAGUUCAACAAAGUUUGUAGAUCUGUUAUAUCAUGCGUGGACUCUAUGAAAGCGUCUCAACGAUUGGUUGCCUGGAACGCACUCGGAUGCUCAUUAAUAUGAUGUAGGUGGCAAACUAAACAAAGGGGGCAGUUCGCUACUGUUUCUCCUUUUAAUGGCAAAUCGCACAUAUGCGCAUAUUUUGCAGCGAUAUUUUAAAAACUCGCUUUUGCUUUAAUGUAUUGGCAGUUUAUUUGGUAAUGAAAGUUAAACCACAGAACGAAUGAUGAAAUGUCGAAUUAUCUUUGCGCGAGCGAGAUCUUGAUUGUGUGUACAAUGCAUUGAGUGUUUAGUGCACAGAAGCCGACGAUCAGUGUAAUGGUCUGUAAUGUUUUACUUCUGUAUUUCAAAGGGUUUUAGCUCUUUACAAACCAAAACGGCGGGUAAGUAAGUUUACAUUCCUUAACAGAGCUCAAACUGACUAAAGCCCUGAAAAACAAAGAUUAGCGAUCCGAGUAGCAAUCAAAAGAAAAUUCGACAAAGGGCCGGGGGGGAUUCAGUGUUCGCAUGUCGAAUUUUAGUUUGUAUAGUGGCUGGUUACAGUCACUGCUCGUGCAGUUAUUCGUUCUGGUGUUCAAUAAAUUGGCGACGCGAUCGAAGGCUGAUUCCUCCAGUGUGUAUCCAAUGGAACGUAAGUUUGCUUGGGAGGCAGCAAACAGUUUCUUUAAAUUUCCUUUUAACUUCUUCCAUUCCCACAAAAUUUUCACAUUUAUUUGCAGGGAAAAGUUCUUGUCGUCGCCGUUUACAAAUUGUGCAACCAUAUGAAUUAGCAAAGGUUGGACCAGGGGUU